AUGGAUAAAUUGGAAAUUCCAACGUUGAAUCAUCACGUUGGUUCAACUGAACGAGUUUACGUCGCACAUGUCAACGAUCUCAAUGAUUUCUAUUUGUAUUCGGAAUUAUUUCGAGAUUCACUUGGAAAACUUGGUCAAGAACUCUACGAUGAAUAUUCGGACUCGUUAACAAAACCUUUGAAACCAGACGAGAUGUUGAACGUCGGUGAUUACUGUGCGUGCCCAUCUGAAAGUGAAGACUGGUAUCGUGGUUUAAUACGUCAGAUAGAUUCGAACGGUCAUGCAAGUGUGUUCAAAUUAGAUUACGGCGAUGUUCAAUGUGUACCGAUUCAAUUUCUUCGACCUUUGCAUGAAAGAUACUUUGUUUUAAAUCGUCUAGCAUUUCACUGUUCAUUGGCUAAUUUGAUAAAGCCGAUCGACGGUUGGCCACUCGACAUUGUGGAGGAAUUUCGUUCGCGACUAACGACAACAUUUCUUUUCGCAAAAUUUGUUAAUUAUAACGAAAUAAGAGAUAUUUCCGAAGUUGAAAUCGCUGAAAAGAAUUCGAAAAUACCUAUAAAUAAAGAUUUCGAGCGAUACCAAUCUCAACGUCCAACGAUACGACCUACUGAUAAACAUCUAUACAAAUUUAUUCCAAUGGAGAAGUUAGAAUUGAAUCAGUCAUAUCAAAUUCGAAUACUCUAUUACAUCAGUCCAAGUCACUUCUAUGUUUAUCUAAAAGAAAAAUUCAACGCACAUACUAGUUUCCAAACUGAUUUGCAACAGGCGGUGCACGAUCUCCGAACCAUAACACCGCCUGCAAAAGAUCAAAUGAUGGCAGUGCAGGAUAAUCACGCAAUAUGGCAUCGUGCUAUCAUAACGGAUAUCAAUCUAACUUCAUCGAGAAUUUGUGUGUUUUUCACGGAUAUUGGUCAAUAUGAAUAUACUUCAAUACAUAAUAUUCGUCCACUUCCAGAAGAGUUUCAACGCAAACCGGCUUUUGCCAUUCCAUGUCGACUGUUUAAUGUGUGUCCAAUGAACUUCAAUGAGCAAUCGAUCUGGACAUCUGAUGAUCCAGUACAUGACGAAAUUACUCGACUUUUGACGAAUAAUGUUACAUGUAAAAUAUGUGCAAAAUAUGACCAAAUAUGUUAUGACAUAGAGAUAGAUAUUCCCAAAGCAGGAGAUCUUGGUACAUUUCUGUGUGAGAGAAAUCUCGUUGCUCGUACUAAAAUGCAUCCAUCAGAACGUUCAGCUUUUACUUCCGAUCGAAAUCCACGGGCAACAUAUAUCCAAAAUCAACUGGCUUCCGGAGGAUUGAAAUUUGCAAGAUCAGCAUUGCAACAAAAUGAGCAGUCAAGAUCUGCCUUUGGAAAUAAUCCAAACACUAUGGCUCAGCAAUCACAGAUGCGUUCAUUCGAUCCUACAUCGGGAACUAUUACAGUCUCAUCGACGUCGAAUAGAUCAAGGAAUAACAAUGCACAGGCUCAUGUUGCUACGAUGGCGCCACAGAAUGGAAUUUAUACGAUACUUCAAGUUCAUAGUGCUGUAGAAUUCUAUGGUCUUUCCCAAAAUCGUGACAAGGAAUUCCAAAAUUUUUCAGACCAUUUACAAAAACAUUACAAUCAUUCUGGCAACGAUGAAACUGUCAAUGUUAAACCCGCGUCGGAAGGAGAACUAUUUGUUAUACAACAGGACGAGAAGUAUCAUCGUGUGAUUCUAAAACGAUUCGAACAUGGAUCACGUGUGUCGGUUAAAUUGAUCGACCGUGGUGAUGAAAUUAUCGUUGAUCGAUCAGAAUUAUUAGCACCUGAAAAAGGAUAUUCAUCAGUACCACCAUUUGCUGUACCACUUCGUCUGAACGGUUACGAUGAAAGACAAAAUUCAACUCAUGUUACACGUAAUCUAAAGAAACUUAUACUCAAUCAACAUGUUCAUGUACAACUAACAGGCCAAGUCACUUCUGACUGUUAUGACGCUUACGUCGAUUUACCUGAUGGUCAAUCUGUCUAUGAUAAGCUUCUUUCCAGUGAUAAAAUUGUAACAUCUCCUAAUGCAAAUACGAAAGGCAAUGUUGACCCCACACAACAUACUUUAUUCGGUUCAAGAGUCUUCAAUAACUCGAAUACUAGAUUUCCAUCAACAGGCGGACCGACUCUCAGUGGAGAGCGACCGAAUAUGGGUCAACGAUCUGAUGUUUUACAUCCUCCACCUAAACUUCUAACGGGUGCUGUACGUCCGGGAGUGGGCCGAUUCGGUGGUGAUAAUCAAGCUUCGUCUGCACCAACUUCAUCCAACGAGCCAAUGUCACGUUUUUCUAACGCCGGUACACGGUUGCCACAAGGAUCAUUCACAGUUGAAUCGAGUGGAUCAAAAAAUACAUGGAAUAACGAUUCGAAUGUGAGAUCAACUUUCAAUAACAAUUCAAAUCAACAAUCUUUCAAUCGACAAUCAUCGGGCUCAUCUCAAUUUGGUAAUAAUCAAAGACAAGAUGCCAGUAAAACAUUUCCAAACAAUAACCAAAAUCGUUUCCGUGAACAGCAAUCCUCAGCAUUUGACCAAAAACGAUCAUCUGGAAGUUUUCAAACAUAUGAUAACAAUGAAAAACAAAUGAGCGGAGGUGGCUUUUCUCAAAGAAAUGAGGGUAAUACUCCACGAGGCGGCUUUAGCAACCGUGGUGGAAAUGGCUUCGCAGACCGAAGAGGUCAUAGUGGCUUUAGCAGUCGUAAUUUAGAUCGAAACAGUGACCAUAAUAACAAUGAAAGUGGUUCUCAUUUCUCCGGUGGAUUUAAUCGAGGAGGACGAGAACGAGGACGAGGAGGCGCUUUUAACCGCGGUGAUCGAGAUAGCCACAACGAGAAUAGUACAUUUCGCUCACAAGGUUUCAACAACAAUCGUGGAGAUCGUAACGAUGGGGUCUUUCAAAAUCAACGCGGUGGUUUAAACAACCGUGAUGGUCGAGGACAACGUGGAGGUGGCUUCGGAAGCGGACCGGGUAGCCGUGGCGCUGGUGGCCGCGGCGGAUAUCGAGAGCGUGAUAAUAGCGACUUACAAUUAAACUCAGAAAAUAGAUCAUUGUCUAGUACAAAUCAUAGCUGGUCAACGAUGCGAUCGGCUAGUGCUAACUUUGAAGCCGGUGAUUGUUUUACUGAUGCUGAAGUACCUCAAGGAACCUUCAAAUUUGUCAUAAGUCACAUUGAAUCACCAAAUGACUUUUUCAUCCAAUUGAUGUCGAAAGCUGACGAAUUAUCACGACUUACUGGAACUUUACAAACUGAGUUCAAGCAGUCACCCGAAGCUAGUCUGAGCUCAUUCAAAGUCGGUCAAGCAUGUUUGGCACGUAGCACGGAUGAAUGUUGGUAUCGAGCUAUUGUUCUUUCCACUGGUGUAACCAGCUUGAAAGUUCGUUUUAUUGAUUUUGGUGACCCGUCUAAUGUUGAUUCCAAUUCCAUUCGACAAUUAGCAAAGAAAUAUUGUACGACUACUCCAUAUGCUUAUCGAUGCACAUUUAAAAAUACGCAAGGUGUUAAAACUACUAGUAUAGAGAGUAUAAUUCAAAACUGUAUUGAAAAGGAAUAUAGUGGAAAAAUCGAAGGCAAAACUGCGGAUGGUAAAUAUCUUCUCGAAUCGGACGAUUUUCGUAAACUAUUGUUGGAUAUCAAUGCUAUCAAGCUGAAGACCGAAGUGACGUUAAAACGUGUACCAUGUGCGAUUGUGCAUAUCGAAAAGGAACAACAACGAUUUUAUAUUCAAGAUGAUGCCAAAACUGCAGAAGAAAUUGCUGAACUUGUAGAACAAGAAAAUGAAACUGCUCCCAUACUUUCAUUCGAUGAAGUAAAGGAAUUAACAUCCGAUGCAGUUGUUCUCGCGAACUUUGACGAUGAACCGUAUCGCGCUAUUAUCGCAUCGAAUGCCUCCGAAAACGACGUUAACGUCUGUUUUAUCGAUUUUGGCAAUGUUAGUUCGUGUCCAAAAGAUUCAUUGAAAAGAUGUAGUGAAAGUUUGAGCAAAUAUCCACCUCAAAGCAAGGAAUGUCACUUAUAUGGCAUACCAGUAGAGAAAGUCAACGAUGCAUUUGAAUAUCUCAAAGAAAUGUCGGACUCUGAUGGCAUCGAAUAUGCAGUUAUCAACCAGCAAGAUAAAGUUCAUAAUGUCAUCCUUUAUAACAAAAAUACGUGUAUUAAUGAAAAAUUUGGAUACGAUCCUCAAGUAGAAAUUAGUGAGAAACCAAGCACAACAGAAGUCGAAGAACAGAAGCAAAUUCCAGUCAAAGCUGAAAUACCAACAAUUGAAAAUAUUGUGCCUACAGAUGAAAACACAUCGGAUGUCUUAAAACCGGCGAUUACCGAUGAAUCGGAGACUGGAGUAGAAGAAACUUCAUCGAAAUAUCGGCAAGGAAUUCUGACACACAUCGAGGAGGAUAAACCAUUCGUAUAUAUUCAAUUAUUACCUGAAUCCGACGAUAUUAUUAAUAAGAUCACAGAAUUAAUAGAAACAAUUACCGAUGCAGAUCAGCACGAAUCAUCCUAUGAAAUCGGCUCCUAUGUCAUCGCAAAAUUCAGUGUCGAUGGCAACUUUUAUCGUGCUCGAAUUGAAUCUCAUUCCGCAACGUUCGAUUCCUACAAUGUUUAUUUUCUCGACUACGGCAACAUUGAUGAAAACGUUCCAACUGCACAUUUAUACCCAUAUUCAGAUGAAUUAAAGCAAAUCGAACCUCAAGCCCAUGGAUACACUCUAGCUGGUAUUACAACUGACACCUGGAACGAUGUCGUUCAAGCAUUAUUAGCAGAGCAAUUAAAUGAACCGAUUGAUUUCUAUAUUGUCGAUGAAAAUGCGUGUACAAUUCAUGUGAAAAUCGAGAACGAGGAUAGCAUUUACAACCGAUCAGUAUCUGCCGAACAAGUUGAAGCAGUCACAAUAGAGCCGGGAGCUACAUUCAUCGCGAAGAUAUGUGCGACCGAUCAGGAUUACUUUUAUAUUCAUGUCAUACCGAAUGGAAACCUUCAUGUUUGUGAAUUGGAAGAACAAUUGCCUUUGUGUGAAAAAACUCGUCAGGAUCAAUGGUCAAUCGGUAACUUAUGCAUCGUUUCGACUGAAGAAAAUAAAUUUUAUCGUGGAGAAAUUUUAUCAAUGACUGAUGCAAGCUACGAUGUUAAAUGUAUUGAUUACGGAAAUGUUUUAUUGAAUGUAACUUCUGAGCAAUUGUACGUGUUACCCGAUGAAGGAAUUUAUCGUCAAUCGCCAUUAGCAAAUCAAUGUCGAUUGCAUGGAAUAGACGAUGUGAACGAAAGAAAAGCAAUAGAAGAAGUCAUUCAGCAUAUUCAAGAAACUGAAGAUGUGACAAUUAUUGUUCAAAGCAAAACCGAUGAUCAAUGUUUAUUGGUGAUACUCGUCAGAGAAAAUAAAGAUGUUGUUAACAGUCAAUAUCUCACUAAUGAAGGAGAUGACACGAAGGAAGAGCCAGAUAAUAUCGAAGAAGAUGAGCAGGUUCUAUUAACCUCGUCCGAUCUCGUUCCAACUAUUACUGACGUUCAACCCGAAAAUGCAAAUGAACAAUCGACAUCGGAUGAAAAAGUUCUUGAAAUUGCUUCAGAAGUUCCAUCAAACAAUCAAGAAAUAACUGCAGCAACUGAAAAUACUCCAUCUGAUCCUGCCAAAAAUGAGACAGAUCCUCCAAAAUCAUCGGAUUAA